AUGGAUGAAAAUUUGAGCAGAGGAUACGUCCAGCUAGGCAAAGCUAGAGGCAUGAACGAAUUCAAAUUCACUAAUGGAUUUACUCACUUAUCACCACCAGUGGAUAAAUGUAAUUUUAUUUAUUUGGCUCUUGUACUUGCUGGAGUCGGAUUCCUCUUGCCGUACAACAGCUUUGUCAUUGCUGUGGAUUACUUUCAAGCUAGAUAUCCUGGAACAACUGUCAUUUUCGAUAUGUCACUCGUUUAUAUCAUGAUGGCAUUUUUUGCCGUUUUCGCUAAUAAUAUAUUGGUGGAGACACUGUCGCUCAAUACUAGGAUCACGUUUGGGUACCUAGUAUCAUUUGUUACGUUGAACUUUGUCGUCAUCUGUGAAAUCUGGUGGGAAGUCUUUGGAGUGGCGACGUCGUACACUAUUAAUUUAAUUGCUGUAGCUAUUGUGUCCUUGGGAUGUACAGUUCAACAAUCUAGUUUCUAUGGAUAUACGUCGAUGUUACCUAGUCGUUAUACGCAAGCAGUCAUGACUGGAGAGAGUGCUGCAGGAUUUUGGGUCUCGGUUAACCGCAUACUGACCAAGUCCUUAGUCGAUGACGAACGUGGAAACACUUCUAUGUUUUUUGUUUUAUCAAUCAUGACGAUCGUCAUGUGUUUCGUAUUGCAUCAAGUUGUACGGAAUACGGACUUCGUGCAAUUUUAUAUAACAUUGUGCCAGGAAAGGAAUAGGAUAACUUUAGAACCGACUGAGGACGUCGGUUUGAUGGAUCCAUUGGAUCAAGUUGGAGAUCCAUCAAAAGGACAGUAUGGCGUAUUGAAAAUACAAACUAGCCCUCUUGGUACCGAUUCUGCUGGUGGAAGUGCUGAUACGACUAUUGGUACUGCACAGUACUCGGCAUUCUCGUUCAGUAACCCGGUUUACGAACCUAGUGCACCUUCUGGAAAUCCACCAGGAAGUGCAGGGCCAACGUAUAAGGUUGAAGAUGUCGUAGUAAUGCGUGGAGCUGGUUACAGUUCCCAAGCCAGCAAACCAUGGGCAGGGAUCAAACGCGGUCUGUUUGCAAGACUCGACGUUGCAAAACUAAUAUUUCCCUACAUGGCGAGUAUUGGUGUUGCAUAUUUCGUGACACUCUGCCUCUACCCUGGUAUAGUAUCAGAAAUUAUAUCCUGUAAAUUCUCAUCGUGGAUGCCAGUAAUUCUUAUGGCUGCAUUCAAUGCCUCUGAUUUGCUUGGAAAGGUGUUGGCAUCCAUUCCUUACGAAUGGACACGAACACAGUUACUAUACUUUUCUGGUGCCAGAGCAAUCUUGAUCCCUCUAUUUUUACUAUGCGCCAUUCCAAGGAAGGCACCAGUUCUAUCUGGUGAGGGAUACCCAUUACUCUUUUCACUAUUGCUCGGCCUGACAAAUGGAAUAGUAGGCAGCGUCCCAAUGAUUCAGGCGCCCAGUAAAGUACCCGAGGAGCACCGAGAGCUAACCGGAAACAUCAUGACUCUUUCAUAUACCAUGGGAUUGACAGUGGGGUCCUUACUGGCUUAUAUGUUGGAUGCCUGUCUAGGGCCACCUAUACAAGCUAAACAGAUUUGUCCAAAACUUCAAAAACCUACAGCGUCGACCCCUAUUGGCAAUACAACUCUAAGUAUCCUGCUAACAAGCGUUAUGUCUACGGCUGUUCCUACAGUUGAGAAGGUGGCGCGGAUUCCAAAAUUAAAAACUACAACAGCUGCUGCAUUGACUACCGCUUUGGCUACAUCGUUCAUGUAUAACGGUACCGUGGGUCCUCUUAAUAGUAGCAUCAUGAAAGCAACAACUACCGCCAUUCCUAAAGUCCUUAGUAAUGUAACCGCGACUAUCAGUAACACGAUACUUCAGCACUAGGGUAUGCGCGUUUGUGUGUUGUGUUGAAUCUGGUGUCUUGACGUUCCCUGCUCACUUCUCAGUCAUUACGAUUCCUUUUCAGGACCUAAUAAAUUCUUAGAUCAUGGAACGAUCAUUCAAUAAUUCUAUGAACCUAUGGUGUACCCAAUUCCUUAACGUGCUCUUGACUUCCAAUGUUUAUAUUUCCCUCGUUUCAUUUUUCUGAAGUGUUAUUAGUUGUUUUAAUCAUUAUAUUUAAAAAAUGUAUAUGGAUCUUCUACCACUAAAGAUUAUGCUCUUGUGUACUAUUUGUAAGAUUUGUUUGAUCUAUGAAUAUCCUAUUGGAUUCCAUAUGAAAAAAAAUUGCCGAUGUCUGAGACAGGCUAAGUACUCUGUUUAACCAUAUUAGUAUAUAGUGUAUUGAUGGUUAUCACCUGCAGAUGGUUAUCAUGUAUCAGAAUGUAUUUUAUGGUAAUGUAUGAUAACGUAUGUCAGAUUGAACACACACAUAAAACGGAGCAUCAGGGUUUUAAAAGCAAUCGUGCUGAUUGCAAUUAGUUGCAUUUUUUCGAGUAUGUUGAUCUGAAUUUUCUGUCAAUAAUUAACCAUCGCUAAUGAAGAAGUCUGUACGGGGCAAUAUUCGUUUGGCACUGAAUGACAGAAAUAUGUAUCGAUUCAAAAAUGAUCAUUCGGACAGAAUUAUUAGAUCAAAUACGAAUUUUACGACUAUGUAUAGACCAAUUGGCUAUUAUAUAUAGUAAUAUUUGCUAUGUUCAAUCACAAAUCAUUUAUCCUUUGAUUUUAAGCGUUGUUAGCUGAACACGUGGAUUCUCCGGAUUAGAAUGAUUGCCAAUGAGAUAAAAAACUUAAAAAUGAAAACAACCAAAAUAUACAGGACUAUUCUAUAAAAUUAAACUAAUAUAUUUUACCUAGAUAGUCCUAUAUAUGAAACAUACUAGCAGCUCCACUGCAAAAUUCUGUAAAUACUACCGAAGAAUCCAACAUCGUUAGACUGAUGAUUGAGGUAUAUUAAAUUUACGAGAUGAAAUUUAUUACUUGUGUAUUCUAUACCGUACGUUAAUUGCCAAUCUGACCUUUGUGCAUAGAUGAAAAUAUUUUACAGAUCAGGAACUGUUGUCUCUGUCUUUUUAAAAAAAAAAAUAUUCGUUCCCUUUUUUUCACUUAUUCCCGAUCCACAUAGAUCGGAGUUACGGAAGGAUAUAAUGAAAUUUCAUAAUAUCAAUUAAGAAAGCAAGAACUGGCGUACGUUUAGAAAAUGGAAGGAAGUAACAUUCAGAAACAUCUAAAUAUUGCCAUAAAAGAUCAUAUACUUCUGUAUAGUCUGUAUCUGUUAUUAAUUUGCCGAUCAAAUCUUAUCGCAGUAGAUGGCUCGUUAUUAUUCUUUAACUACGAAAACUAGUAUCUAUCAUCACAUCUGUAUAACGCAUUUAAAAAGAAAAAAAUGAAAGAAACAUGUAUACAUAUCUAAAAAUAUCUCACACGUAUGCGACAAGAAAUCAACACUGUUUUCAUGCAGCAUUUAUAUGUCACUCUGUAUGUUUAACAUAAGCAUAAAUUCAUAUUAUAAAAAAAUGGCCGUAUACGUAAAUGCAGGAUAUGAUUGUUCAAAUGAUUCACUGAUUAAAUUGAGAUUGCCUCCUUUCCUCAAUAAGGAAAGAAGAUAAUUAGUGUUCCAAACACUAAAACACACUCGCGAAUUGAUGUCAAACUUUUUUUUAAAGAUAAAAUAAUCGCAAAUAGAAUAGUUUCGGAAAUGGGAUUGAACGUAUAUUACACAAUUCAAAGAAUAAUCACAGGUUGGUCCAGGUUAAACUGUCCGGUAAAUUUUCCUAAUGCCAUCCCGUAAAAUCCUAUGACGUCUCAUUGUCAAUGUACAACUAUAAAUAAUACUUAAAAUGUAGCUAGUUACAGAUUGAGAUAAAGGAACCUAUGUAAAAGACAAAUAAAUAUACAGUAAGGGCUAAUAAAUCAAUGUGUCUCGAGGCGAUUCAA